UUGCAUCAGCGUGGACGGCUCUCGCCGGUGAAGUUACUACUCAGCUACUUGUCUUCUUUGAAAGUUAAAACAAAUUAAGCCGGUAAUCAAGAUGAAGUUGUUUGUUAGCGAAGGCAACCCGCACUGCCUGAAGGUGAAAGCUGCGCUGGAAGUGACUGGAGUUCGAUGCAGCGUUGAAUAUUUCAACCACGAAGAGAAAGUGGUGCCUUUCCUUAACCGUCCAGCUUUUCCAGCGCUGCUACUGCCCAAUGGACAGUAUCUUUUUAGCUCCAACACCAUUUGCAGGUACUUAUUUGAAGUAAAUGGACAAGAAUGCAGUGAUGUUUGCAAUCAGUGGCUGGAAUGGGAGGCCACAGUUCUUCAGCCUGCACUGCUACAGGCUCCUCAAAAGCCAGUGCAGGGGAAACCAUCAGGCGUGUCCCAGGUCCUUCCAGGUCUCCUGAACGUCAUGGAUCAAAGCUUAAGCAAAGGAGGAAUGCCAUAUUUAAGUGGGGAAUUUUUGUCGGUUGCUGAUGUUGUUUUGUGGGCCGCGCUGCACCCUGUUUUAUCUGACUCUUCACUUGCACUGGGUGAGCAUAAGUGUUUGAAAGCUUGGUUUGACCGUAUAGCUGUUAUGCGCAGUAGUCAAUCCGGUUUUGAGAAAGCGCUGCAGGGAAACGGCCCGCAGGCUAUGAAGAGCCACAUGCAGAGGCAACCUACACCUCCGAGCACCCAGGGCAACCCUGCCGAGAGCGAGGAAAGUGAGCGUGUUGUUUCAGAGGAAGAGAUGGAAGCAACUGCUCUCAAGUGGAGUAAAGGUUUGGAUGCUUGUGCUCCAGAGACAGAGAAACAGCACCCCAUUUUGCCACAGGAGGGUAAGCGAAACAUCCUUUUGACCAGUGCCUUGCCAUAUGUCAACAACGUCCCCCACCUGGGUAAUAUCAUCGGUUGUGUUCUCAGUGCUGAUGUCUUCUCAAGGUAUGGCCGGCUGCGAGGCUGGAAUCUGUUGUUUGUGUGUGGCACAGAUGAGUAUGGCACAGCGACGGAGAACAAGGCCAGAGAAGAGGGCCUGACACCCCAACAGAUCUGCGACAAGUACCAUGCUGUUCAUGCCAGCAUCUACAAAUGGUUCCAGAUUGACUUUGACUUUUUUGGCAGAACCACCACUGAAAAGCAGACAGAGAUAGCUCAGAAUAUUUUCUGGCGACUCCACAAGAAUGGAUUUCUCGUGGAAGACACCGUGGAGCAACUGCGGUGUGAAAAGUGUCAGCGUUUCCUGGCUGACCGCUUCGUUGAAGGCACGUGUCCCCACUGCAGCUACCCGGAAGCUCGUGGUGACCAGUGUGAUAAGUGUGGCCGCCUCAUCAACGCUGUGGAGCUCAGGGAACCUCAGUGUAAGGUCUGCAGGCAAACUCCAGAAAUCCGCUCCUCCAAACAUCUUUUCCUGGACCUUCCAAAGUUAGAAACUCAGUUGGACCAGUGGUUAGACAAGUCAACCAGCACAGGAGACUGGACAUCAAAUGCCAAACAGAUCACGCGCAGCUGGUUAAGGGAUGGACUGAAGCCUCGCUGCAUCACCAGGGACCUGCUCUGGGGAACACCGGUGCCUCACCCUGACUUUAAAGACAAGGUGUUCUAUGUGUGGUUUGAUGCCCCUAUUGGUUAUCUGUCCAUUACUGCAAACUACACCAGCGAAUGGGAAAAGUGGUGGAAAAAUCCUCAGCAGGUGGAGCUGUACAAUUUCAUGGCCAAAGACAAUGUGCCAUUUCACAGUGUGGUGUUCCCCUGCUCCCUACUGGGAGCCCAGGACAACUACACUCUGGUCAACCACCUUGUGGCUACUGAAUAUCUCAACUACGAGGACACAAAGUUUUCCAAAAGCCGUGGCGUGGGUGUGUUUGGAGACAUGGCAAAGGACACGGGAAUCCCGUCCGAUGUUUGGCGGUUCUACCUCCUGUUUGUUCGUCCAGAGGGACAAGAUUCAGCUUUCUCUUGGGCUGACAUGGCACUGAAGAACAACUCUGAGCUGCUCAACAAUCUAGGGAACUUCAUCAACAGAGCUGGCAUGUUUGUCACUAAGUUCUUUGAGGGACGUGUCCCUGUGAUGGAGCUCCAGCAGGAGGAUAAGAAGUUCCUGGCUGUGGUCGGGUGGGAGCUGCAGCAGUACAUCCAGCUCAUGGACAAAGUCAAAAUACGUGAUGCUCUCAAGCACAUCCUGAACAUUUCUCGUCAUGGCAACCAGUACAUUCAAGUCAAUGAACCAUGGAAAAAGAUCAAGGGAGGAGACUCGGAAAGGCAGCGUGCUGGCACGGUCACGGGUGUUUCUGUGAACAUUUCCUGCUUGCUGUCAGUGAUGCUCUUCCCUUAUAUGCCGGCGGUCAGCCAAACCAUCAGGAAUCAACUCAACAUGCCACAUUCUUGCAUCAAUAGCAUGCUGCGAGGAACUGGCACCUUCGUAUGUGUCCUGAGUGCAGGCCACCGUAUCGGCACUGUCAGUCCCUUAUUCCAGAAACUGGAGCCAGACCAGAUAGAGGCUUUGAAGAAGAGAUUUGGUGGACAGCAGCCCGAAGAUGAACCAUCUAAUAAGAAGCGCCCGAGCACGGCCCAGCCUGCCGACGCCGCUCCUGCUGUCGGCCCUGAGGUGAAGACAGAGGUCGGAGUGGACGCAGAGAAAGCCAAGGAGCUCACGAAGGCUGUGACCGAACAGGGGGAAAAAGUGCGAGCACUCAAAGCUCAGAAGGCAGAGAAGGGGGUAAUUACAGCAGAGGUGUCCAAACUACUGGACCUCAAGAAACAACUGGCUGUGGCUGAGGGGAAGAACCCUGAGCCUUCAUCUCAGAAAGGCAAGAAAAAGUGAGACAGAAAAAAAAAAGAGGACAGCAACAGUGAAGGUUAGUCAGUGGAAGGAAAAGCAAGAAUGGUUUGAGAAUGGAGAAUGGGAACAAGAUGUACACUAAGAGAUGAGGGUAUUAGCUUAAGGCAUAGCUGUGACAGGAUCUUAGACAAUGUGGUGUUGGCAUGGAGGACUAAUGAAAUGCUGGAUAGGCUGGUGGGGAAAGGAAAACACAAAGACGCAGUCAAAUGAAUGGAGCUACAGAAUGGAGGGAUUUUUACAAAUCCCUCCACCAAAAGAAACUGAUUUUAUACUCUUCCCAUGAUAAACUCAGCAUACAAUAUUAGCUUUGAAAAGUGUGUUCUACAUCAAAAUGUGUUGGGUUUAGUUUUUUUUUUUACCUCUGGACUUUUUGGGGAGGGGGAAGGGACAUUUUGGAUCCAUAAAAUAAACCGAUUAAGUUGAGCAGAAAAGUGUUUGUACUCUCUUCCUGUAUGUUACCUUGAUUUUUGUACAAAAAAUAAAGCAC